AUGGACAUGCCCUGGUGUUUUCUACGCGUGCUACUGUCUCAAAGUUUUGAAUGGCUGGCCGACUGGUCCUUCAUAAUGCGCCCGAUGUUGUCAUGUUUCACACCGGCCCCGAGUAGACAGACUCACACGGCCUGGCCCGGCCCUAGCGAGCAAAGAGACGCUAGUGGAUGCCCACUUGAUCCAAUACCCCUGGUCACUGCAGCACCAUAA